AUGACCUCAAACAUAUCAGAAUCACUGAACGCCGCAAAUUUGGCAGCAAGGGAGCUACCAAUUACAACGCUGCUAGAAUGCUUGAGAGCACUGGUGCAACAAUGGACGCAUACUAAUAGGACAAAAGCACACAACACCUUCACUAAGCUAUCACCAACUGGAGAAGACAUACUGCUGAAAAAUUACACAUACUCAUUGAAUCUGGAGGUUAAAGCAACAACAGAUUACUUAUUUGAGGUAACAAGAAUGAAAGAAUCGUGGGAAGUAGACCUAGAAAAAAGAACAUGCACGUGCAACAGGUUCCAAAUAGAUGAAAUGCCAUGUGGGCACGCUGUGGCCGUGAUGAGGGAGAUGAACAUGGACCCGUACACCUACUGUUCAGAUUACUACACAAAAAAAAAUUGGCUGGCAACUUAUUCAGGGACAGUUUACCCAAUAGGACACCAAAGUGAGUGGGAGGUACCGGAAGAAGUGAAGAAUAUUAUAGUCUUGCCUCUGCAUGAAAGAGUAAAAUCAAGAAGACCAAAAACAUUAAGAAGGAAGGCUGGAUGGGAAAAGGAUCAACACAACAAGUGCAGCAAAUGUGGUGAACUGGGGCAUAACAAAAGAACAUGCAGCAGAAGACGUAGAUGA